GCGAUCGCAAUCCUGACACAAUCAAGAAAGAAGAUGGAAUUUGGGAAUCAUUUUUCAAGUUCGCUCUACCGGCUAUUAGCGAAGGUAUCAGUAAGGCGUACCUAAGUUCAACAGGAGCUUCCCCUUCUGAACAGGCGGAUGGUUCAUCGACAAUGAAUAAUCAUUUAUCGAGUGGACGUUUGAGACAAACAACAGGAAGACAAGAAGGAAAUCCGUCAAAUCUUUUGCCUCCACAUCACGCAAGAGGCACUGGUUUACUCGGAUUCGGAGCACCAGGAACACCCUAUCGUCAUCAUCAUAUGAUAAAUUCUCCAACAGGUCAAGCACCCGCAACUUUAUAA